AGCUGCCGGGAAGGAGAGGAUCCCCGAGCUCAACCCCGAGCGCGGCCCCAGCGCAGGAAGGAACCGGUGUCCGUGGCGUCGGCCGGCCGUCUCGGGUCCUCGGCACACCGUCCGGCCGCUUCCCAUGCUCCGGGCGCCGCCGGCCCCCUCGCCCCGCUGACGGCGCCCGCCCCGGGCUGCCCUCAUGCGCGGCGCGCGCCGGGAGGCGUAGGCUGCCGCUGCCCGCGGCUCCGGCACCGGCGGGUGGCUCCGCGGCCGUGGGCGCGUCAAUGGAUCGCCAUUCCAGCUACAUCUUCAUCUGGCUGCAGCUGGAACUCUGCGCCAUGGCCGUGCUGCUCACCAAAGGGGAAAUCAGAUGCUACUGUGAUGCUGCCCACUGUGUGGCGACUGGCUAUAUGUGUAAGUCGGAGCUGAGUGCCUGCUUCUCUAAGCUUCUCGAUCCUCAGAACACAAAUUCCCCGCUCACCCAUGGUUGCCUGGACACUCUCGCAAGCACAGCAGACAUCUGCCAAACCAAACGGGCACAAAACCACUCCGGCACCGCCACACCCACACUGGAAUGCUGUCAUGAAGAUAUGUGCAAUUACAGAGGGCUGCAUGACGUUCUCUCUUCUCCCAGAGGAGAGGCCUCAGGACAAGGAAACCGGUAUCAGCACGAUGGUAGCAGAAACCUCAUCACCAAAGUGCAGGAGCUGACUUCUUCCAAGGAGUUGUGGUUCCGGGCAGCAGUGAUUGCUGUUCCUAUUGCUGGAGGGCUGAUUUUAGUGUUGCUUAUUAUGUUGGCCUUGAGGAUGCUGCGAAGUGAAAACAAGAGACUGCGGGAUCAGCGGCAACAGAUGCUCUCCCGUUUGCACUACAGCUUUCACGGACACCAUUCUAAAAAGGGGCAGGUUGCAAAGUUGGACUUGGAAUGCAUGGUGCCGGUGAGUGGGCAUGAGAACUGCUGUCUGACCUGUGACAAAAUGAGACAAGCAGACCUCAGCAACGACAAGAUCCUCUCCCUCGUUCACUGGGGCAUGUAUAGUGGGCACGGGAAGCUGGAAUUCGUAUGACCAUGUCUUAUCUGAACUGAGCUUCUUGGACGCUUGAAGGCCUUUGAGUUCCGCUGGACAGGAGCACUUUAUCUGAAGAAAAACAAACUCACGUAAUCAACUUUGAGAGACAAAAUGACCUCUGCAAACAGAAUCUUGGGUGUUUCUUCUGAAGGAUUAUUUGCACAGACUUACAUACAGUCAAAUGAAUUUUUUUGCUUUGAAAUUAUAAAAAGCAAAGAGAAGACUAUGUACACACUGUUACCAAGGUGAUUUGCAUCUGAGGGAGCUGGAAUGAGUACCUAAAUAAACUAAAAUGUGUUCCAUGUAAGCUCCUACAUCUUGAUUUAUUGUAAAAAAGAUUUAAAAAUAUAUAUCUAUAUUUUUGUCUGAAA